AGAAGAGUCUGCCAAAAAGGAGAGUGCAUGAGAGAGAAACCGUGAGAGGCUGCUGGCUGCUGGCGCUCGAGCGGAGAGACCGCUCGCAGAUCGCCGAGUGAUCGUCCGCCACUCGGAGGAGUAUUAACGCAAGAUCAUUUAAGACGUAUGAACGGGAUUAAAAGCGCUCGAAACGGCCGUAAAACGCUACAAAGGGCUCACGUUCGGGAGCAAGGGCGGCGGAGGGGGGGGAGAAGGGGGGAAGAGGGAGGAUAUGAGGAGACGAUGGAGAAUUAUAUGAGAAAAAUGGACUCCGCGCGGGGGAGAAAGUUAAUUAAGCGCGAUCGCAUAACGUGCUCCUCCUGCCUGCGCGUCGUUGCUCCUACACGUCGGACGCGACACCAAGACGACGCUCGGCGUCGUGCAGAGAUCCCGAGAUCAAAUUAUACCGGCCCGGUGAUAUUAUCCAAUUUCGCGUUCCACAUCGACCGAUUCGCCCCGCAUGUAUUUCCAGUGCGCCUCAUGCAACAUGUAACAGCCGAAGCGCUCGCACGCGCGAGCGGCUCGGAGAAUGAGCGCUAAAAAGGACAAACAAGCGGCGUUAAUCAGCUUAGAACCUCGCGGAGGACCUCGCGCGAGGCUCGUCUUGAUGGAGUGCGAGAGGACGCGAGCGGAGCGCGAUCACCCGCCGCGAAAAUAGACAAUGUACAUUGCGUUUGCUUGAAAAUUGCGAAUGGAAUAUGGGAUCUGGAGUCUUCACGUCGCGGGUGAGCUCUGGGGCGACCCGCGUCUCGCCCGAAGGCAUCCGAUUCUGCCUCCCGGCGCGACGCAGAUCCUACCGAGGGCCGCCUUCGCCCUGAGCGCCCUUCAUCGGCCGGACAUGCUGCCGUUGCCGUUGACGGCGGCUGGACCGCCCUACGCUCCUAUAGAGCUGGUCACGAAGCCCUCGGCCGCGUCCAAGGACGUCGAGGACGCUGAGGAGGCCGAGAAGAGCGCGAGCGCCGAGGACGAGGAUAUUCAGCAACGCGAUGACAACGAAGGGAACAUCGAAAAGUCUGACCAGGACGAAAACCAGACUUGCGUGCCGAACGAAAAUAACGACAACGAAGACGCUGGCGAUGAGAGCGACACCGGGAGCACCAAUAGUUCACAUCGAUCGGCCAACAACAAUCUACCCACGAAGCUGCCCGAUCCGAUGUCAUGCUUGGCCCUCGACAAGGAAGGAGCCGUGACGCCAGUUCUGAACGGCUGGGUGCUGGGUGCGUACACGGCGAUGUUGGGCAGACUCUCCGCCGCGACCGCGGCGUUGGAAGCUACAGAGGUUUCCAAUAUCGCCUCCGACAGUGAUUCCGAGAGCGAGCACUCGUCCUACACGGAAAAAUCCAGGGGCAGCAGUCCGAACGUGAGCAGCGUUCACCGCGGCUACUCCUGCGGUUCCUGCGACGUGGUAGCGCCGACGAGGCCCGCUCUGAGGAAGCACAUUGCCGAUUGCCAUCCGACUCUGUCCAGCACUGAGACCGGCGAGGCCAAGAGGUGUCCGUCCACAGGUUGUGACUUCACGACGAGCAGCAGGUGCGAGAUGGAGACUCACGUGGCGGCGCACGUGGCCCAGGGGAUGACGCCUACGGGGAAGAAACGCUCCUUGGCCUUGCAACGCGUCAGGUAUAGAUACGAGAGGGAGGAGUACCGAUGUUCGCUCUGCUCGUACGCAUGCACGAUCGAGAAGGCAUUUCAGCGACACCUGCGAGCACACGCGAGGGGCACAGCGCCGGAGACCAGGGUGAGCUGCGCCGUUUGCGGCGCCGACAGGUCCUCCGAAGUCGACCUCAGCAGGCAUAUGCGAAGGCAUCGCGACGACCGAUACUUCUGCUGCGACAUCUGCAUCUUUCGCACAGUGCAAUUGAAGAAGUUGAUACAACAUCGGCGCAUGCACACAGGCGAGAAACCGCAUCUCUGUCCGCACUGCGCCUACCGGAGCGCGCGUCGCGACAAUCUGCGUAGCCAUGUCCGGCGAGUGCACAAGAAGGAGAAUCUCUACUGCGACACCUUCAGCCCGCGCGGCAUGCUGAUCACCCCCUCGCUGUUAGCGAGGGACACCAGCCUGGCGCAGAGCCCGGCGUCCUCGCCGUCUUCGAAUCCGGACGCGACAAACUAGCGAACACGCCCCUGCACAACAAAGAAGAAGAUGAUGAAGUCAGCGGUCCUAGAAACGCCGCGGGAGGAAGAUCCCGGGGCCUAUCGGCCCCUCACACGUCCUCAUUUUGUCAAUACUGCGAUCUAGAUAAUUAGAAUUCACAGAGGGAAGCCUUGCAGAAAGUACUGCACUUGGCAAACAGUCGCUCUCAGUUUUAGAUGUUUGCGGAUAAUCGGGAGAAUAUCAGAGUCAGUCGAGCGUUGACCUCGAGAUGAAUCGAAAGCUAAUCGUAGUCUAGCAACAGUGUGACAAAAGUAGCGGACGAAGUAUGUAAGAUAAUGUAAGAGGUGAAAAAGAGGUGAAAAAUCGCUUGAAAGUAUGGGAGUGAGAGGAAGAACCCAAGCACAGUCGAGACGCAGUCGAAGAGAGAUUGUUCACCAGAUCAGCUAUCAGCGAGGCUUCCCGCAUUAGACGCUAGGAAACGUAUAGAUAAUUGCAUGCGAACGUCGAUAAUUUAAUGUAACCUUUGAAUUCUAAUGAGAUCUUGCAUUAGCUAUAAACGUCGAAAUGUUACAUUACGCGGUCGAUCCGUCGAUCGGAUCGGCCGUUCGCCCGUUCGUCUCGAUCGGUGACGACGAGCGGGAGAAAGAAGAAAGCUGCGAGAUGGUGCUAGAAUCAGUAGACUGAAGGAUCACGGAAGAAAGACUGAAAGUAGAAGCGAUUCACGGCGCGAAGUGACGUCCAUCUCUUUUACGCUUUUUCGCACUGACCGCCGUGACUAAAAAAAAAAAUUACGAUUCAGCGAAGUUUAAGACUGCAACUCUGUACUGUUCCGGGGAUUCUUGUAUCGACGUCGUGACGCCCCGAAGAUGAGAAGUCUUUUAUUGCUUCUCGUUAACUACUUGAUCAACUAUUUCAACAUAACUUCUAAAACCUGUUCCAAGCUGAAUUUUAAUCUGCGAUCUCGUGAUCUUUAUUUCAGCUUUCCUGAAAUUUAUUUUAAUUCUACAAUUUAUAGGUUCGCAUUAGCGAAUUUUGAAUAUUGAAUUUUAAAAUUGCCAGAUUUCCAUUUUUAAACAGAAUCUUAAUUAUCGGAACCAAAUUUUAAGCCGGAAUAUUAACUAAAAUCAUCCGACCCCAUUCUUUAUUUUAAUUUCAGCCGUCAAAAAAAGAGAUUUACCCGCAUGUUAAAAUUUUAUUCGCGCAGUUCAUUAGGGAUUCUCGAGUAACGAGACUCGAUUGUAUCUCGGGCUAAUUAUAUUAUAGAGGCUGACGAAAUGGCUGGGGCGCGCACAAGAAUGAUACGAGAACUCCGGCGGAUGGAAAGGUGCUAUUUUACGAAGAUUCGUUUUGACGUUACGUACUAGCGUAUAGUUCGCUCUCGCCGCACGAAUCGCCAAGCUAUAAGUAAUUGUUAAGUACUUGUUAACGCGAACACAUUGUUAUCGUUGCCUAAGUUGCCGGUCGUUUUUUAUUACGGAUUAACGAUUCGAGAACAACGCGCUAUUACGAUUACGAUUAUUAUAUUAUAGCGACUGCGAGCAGGUAGAGUGUAUUAUGUCGCGAGGGAUCGCGCCCAACGUGUUUCGCAUACAUAGAUUCCUUGUAUCCGCAGGAUGCACACACAUCCGCACACUUAAAUCUAUCGAAUCGCCCGAUCGGGCUUCCUCAAGGUGACGCCUAAUUCUUCGCGGAUUUAUCGCCGACCGGUUUCGUAAACCAUAUUCGUACCGUUUCGUAAUUCCACUUCACUUCUCCAACGAGCUCGGAGGAGAAGGAUCGGUGAGCUGAGGUGUGACACAAUGAACGAAGCAAGCGCGUUUCGCUUGAAGGAAACGGAAUUUCCGCCUCUAAAGAACCGAACAUGAUGAAUUCGAAAACGUUGCUUCAACCGAUCUUUUCUUUUUCGUAAGAGGGACAUGAGAUUUGUAAGAGUAGAAGCAAAGUGGAACGUUGACAAAGCGUCGGGAACAAAUUUACAAAGGACACACCAGCGUUAAUUCCGGAAGCCAGAUCAAGCGGUUUUCAAGUUACACUCGAACAAGGCUCUCCACUCCCGGUAUACACCGCAAAGCAGGUAUUUCUUGAGAAUACCGGCGAACGAUGUUGCUCUUCUCGCAAGAUUCGAACGACCGUCGGGCGCAUCCUCUCGCGACCGGUAGAAAUAUUUCGUGUACGUUUCUCUCUAUAGAAUCAGAGACCGUCCCCGACGACCGACCGCGAGUCGGUCGCUUGCACGUGCAGAAGGGGGAAGAGGAGGAGGAGAAGGAGGAGGAGGAGGCGACGACGUAGUACGAGGCCGAUACUUAUUAUAAACGGGAAUAUAUGUCAAUUUUUAAUGUAUCAUACAAAUACGUUCUAGUCGGUAAACGAUUUAUAACGGCGUGGCGACGAACGUGGCCACGAGAGAGAGAGAGAGACAGAGAGAACCCGUGCUUCGCUUCGCCGUCACGCCACAACGUGAUCCGCCUCGUCGAGGAUCGUGCUACUACUCUAAUAGACUACGAGGUAUACGAUGAUGCGAAGUCGAAGCUGCACGGCACGGCACGAACUUUCACUCCGGCGCAUUUAUCAUCCUUUGCAUUCGAAUCUCGAGUUUAGCCGCUCCGCCUGAUUUCCCGAAUGUUUGUGUCUCGUCAUCGUGUUGUCGGGUGUUACCUUCGCCAUCACCGCGAGUACCGCGAGUGUACCACGUGGAUUCGUCCGCGUGCCGCGUGCGUGAACGAAGUGAAUUUUAGGGUAAGCCAUCGGCGUACGCGAGCGACUCUGUGAUUUACGAGAUCAAUUUCAAUGAUUAUAUUACAUUUACGAGGUUAAACGUAAACAAAUUACCGUCUUUUUAGGUACGUGUACGCGCGGCUAUCGUCGCGGCGGCCAACGUGAUUACAAUUUAUGCGUAGACGUUAUCACGACGUGUAUAUGUAUAUACAUGUUACGUACACGAAGACACAAAUCUGUUCAUCCGAAUGCAAAGGACUCGGCGUUUGCCGCAAGUAUGUGUGUGUGUGUUUGUGUAUACACACAAUAUGCGCCUACAUGUAGGAUUAUUUGCUUCCGGUGUAAAGUGCUCCUUUUCAAGCGCCCACCUAAAAUACCGCGGAGGAAAUGCGUUGCCACAUUCGGAAAAAAUAUUUCAAAGGCAAAAAUGAGGUCAGACCGAGGUCGCUGUUCUGCCGCCUCUCUCGAAACCGAAUGACUUUCGUCUGAAAUAUAUUUCCUCCUGAACAAAGCAUUUCUUCCGAGAUACUUCAGCUGGACGUUUGGAGAUGGGUCACCCUGUGGAUGUAUUGUAUCGAGGCAAUAUUUUGUAUUUCGCGCGAAAAACGUCUUCAGUAUGCGAUACGGCGGCUUUCGAUGCGGCUCUUUUAUAAUGUAUGAUUUUUUACACGGCAACAACAGUGCGCGCUACACUUGCCCGCAGGGAACGAGAUCUUCCGCGUUCUCUUCUUUUUCUUUUGCGUUUCUUUCACGCCGUUUCGAGAAUAUAUAUUUGUAUAUAUUUACACGUAUAUAUUUGCCGAGCGUGUUUCUCCGAAUAUUUUCAAUCGCCGGGCGCUUUUUAGCGGCGAUGUGACAAAGAAAGGGAGAGAAAGAGAGGUAGAAAAAAAGAAAGGAAAGAAGAGCCCUCUCUCUCUCUCUCUCUAUCUCUCUCUCCCUCCCUUCCUUCCUUCUUUCUCUUUCUCGUGCUACGAGAUAGGUUUAUCGUUAUGUACCGCGAAGCGCACGGUUUUUUACACACUUGCGCGAUGAAGGUGGUUAAACUUGUUAAUUACACGUCCGCGCGAUUAGCGCGGACUGGCUCCGUCCGCCGUUAACACUUACGUGCACACGUCGACCGUCUCUCUCGUUUACUCUUUUAUUUCCGUCCAAGACCACCGCAACACGGCACAACACUCGCAUCAUCAGCAUUUCGUUCGUUCAAUCACGUCAAGACGACUGUCGCGAGGAAUCUAUACGUAAUGGAAGAAGGCGAAGGAGAAGGAACGAGGAGAGAGAAUUCCAAAGAGAGACGGAUUCAAGAGCGGCGCGAAAUCACGCGGGCGACACGCUUCCCGGCGUCUCGCCCGCGUGGUUCGCGCGGGACGUAGUUCUCCGGCACGCGUGUGCGUGCACUCGACACUCGUUUGCGAAACGGUUCGAACACAUUUUCUUCUCCUGACGAAGGUAAGAGCGAAUCUUCGCGAUCGCUAUUCACUAGUCUGCGCGAUAAUUCCUUUGCGACGAGAGCCGAAGUGACAGUAAGAAUGAGAUAAGCAGAAGAGAUGAGCACAAUCAAGCUCGCAAAAUCCUAUCUUACAGUAUCCACACGCAAUCGCCAAAAUUGUACGAAUUCUGAACUCUUUUCUCAAUGGAAGAUCGAGCGGUUUCGAUUAACGUGGAAAUGCCUUAAUUUUUCCGAUAUCUUCCGGACUGUAUCCGUGAUGUUCUUUGGAAAUGUGCUGUCACCUGUAUCUUUAUUACAUUUUUAUCUCUCAGAUCAAAGAUUGUGACAAAGGACCAAUAUUUGUACGGUGCACCGGCACUUCGACUCUCGUCGUAAGCGAUUACCAUGUAAACCCAUGAGCGGUGACUCGCAAUCGCGACACGUCUCGUUUCGACGCGUCUCGAACUUCACCGGGAGAGACGUGCUCGAAGCGUCUCGCGCGAACGAGUGUGCGUAUGAAGACAGCAGGGACAUCUCAUUAUCGUCCGAGCGAUCAGUCUCAGGUGUGCGACCGAGAUUUAUUCGCAUUAUUGUAUUAUGAGCUCUCUUAACUGAUAAGCGGCGCCGUGCCAACAUUACGAACAAAGAAAAAAAAAA